AUGGCUACUGAUGCUAAUAAUGAGAUUUUUCCGCUUGCCUUUGCGGUUGUGGAUGAUGAAACGGGGGCCAGUUGGGGAUGGUUUUUAUCUUGCUUGCGGACUGCGAUACGCGAUGUGGUACCUGAUUCUGGCAUUUGCAUAAUAUCAGACCGACAUAAAGGUAUAAUAUCAUCCAUUAGAGAGUGGCCCAAUGAUUAUGUUCUGGUAUAUCAUAGAUAUUGCAUUAGACAUGUGGCCAGCAACUUCAACACUCAAUUUAAUGAAAAAUUCUUAAAGUCUUUGGCCUUGAAAGCAGGAUACGAGCGUCAAGAUCGCAAACUUGAAAAAAUAUUGGAUUGCCUUAAGGAAGCUGAACUCAAAUUUAGUUGGGAUCCCAAUCCCAAUAUAGCAAAAAAGAAGCCGUACUCCUAUCUAGUGAAGGAGGGUCUGGAGAAGUGGACACUGUCACAUGAUGGUGGACAUCGUUAUGGGGCAAUGACUACCAAUAUGUCCGAGUGUUUCAAUGGAGUUCUAAAAGAUGCACGUGGACUACCCAUAUCUGCAUUGGUUGACUACAUUUGGUGCAAACUUGUCGCCUAUUUCAAUAAUCGGCGCACUAAAAUAUUGAGUGAUAUUGAACAUGGUCAAAAGUUCAGCAAGCAUGCCAUGGAGAAAUAUGAAGCAAAUUACGAAAAAGGGACAAGACACUAUGUGAGGCCAUUUAACCAGCAGGACGGUGUAUAUCAGGUUUGCACAUCGUAUAAUCCACACAGAUCUGAUGGGGGAGAUCAUAGUCAUGAAGUAAGAUUGCUGGAGAACACAUGUACUUGUGGCAAAUGGGAAAUCUAUAAGAUCCCUUGUUCACAUGUGAUUGUAGUUUGUAUCAGGGAACAUGUCAAUGCAAUGAGGUAUAUUGACCUAUGUUAUACUUUACAACAACGACUUGCCACUUAUUCACAUGAGUUUCGUGUGCCCAAGGAUAAGUCAUUAUGGCGGGAGGUUGCCAGCCCAAAGUUGUACCUUGACUCAGAAAUGUUGUGA